GCGAGCGAGGAGGCUCCGCCCUCGGUGUCUGCUCAGGUGAGCGUGUGUCGGAGGAGCAUUGCGGAGCUGCAGGGAGAGCAGAGGGGAGACGGUCAUGUCAGACAGCGGGAACGCACAGUCGCAGGACGGAGGAUCGAGCCGGGUGACAUGCCCGAGUGUGGGCAACAAAGUGACCGUGGUGCUCGGAGCACAGUGGGGCGAUGAAGGGAAAGGAAAGGUGGUGGACCUGCUGGCCCAGGACGCUGACAUGGUCUGCAGAUGUCAGGGAGGCAACAAUGCAGGACACACAGUCGUGGUUGAUUCAGUGGAAUAUGACUUCCACCUUCUACCCAGUGGAAUUAUUAACCCUAUGGUCACUGCCUUCAUUGGUAAUGGUGUAGUCAUUCACCUGCCGGGUCUCUUCGAGGAGGCUGAGAAGAAUGUGCGGAAAGGAAAAGGUCUGGAAGGCUGGGAGAACAGGCUCAUCAUCUCUGACCGUGCACACAUCGUGUUUGAUUUCCAUCAAGCUGUGGAUGGAGUCCAGGAACAGGAGAGGCAACAGCAAGCUGGCAAAAAUUUAGGAACAACUAAAAAAGGAAUCGGUCCCGUGUACUCCGCCAAAGCAGCUCGCAGUGGCCUGAGGAUAUGUGACCUUCUGGCUGACUUUCAGGAGUUCUCAGAGAGAUUUAAACAUUUGGCCUCACAGUAUAAGUCUAUGUACCCUUCACUGGAGAUUGAUGUGGAUGGGGAACUUGAGAAACUCAAGACAUAUGUAGACAGGAUAAAGCCCAUGGUGAGAGAUGGAGUCUUCUUCAUGUAUGAGGCGCUACAUGGGCCUUCAAAAAAGAUUCUGGUGGAAGGUGCCAAUGCUGCCUUGCUGGACAUAGACUUUGGGACAUAUCCGUUCGUGACUUCCUCAAACUGCACCGUGGGAGGGGUGUGUACGGGUCUGGGCAUGCCACCCCAGAACGUGGGUGAAGUCUAUGGAGUUGUCAAAACCUACACCACGAGAGUUGGGAUUGGAGCUUUCCCUACAGAACAGAACAACGAAAUUGGAGAGCUCUUGCAGAGGAGAGGCAAGGAAGUGGGCGUGACCACAGGUCGCAAAAGGAGAUGUGGUUGGCUGGAUCUGGUGCUUAUCAAAUACGCCCACAUGAUUAAUGGCUUCACAGCCUUAGCUCUCACCAAACUUGACAUCUUAGAUGUGCUUCCUGAGAUCAAAGUUGGUGUGGCAUACAAAGUAGAUGGUGAAAUCAUCCCACAUUUUCCAGCAAACCAAGAGGUGCUACAGAAGGUUGAAGUGCAGUACGAGACUCUGCCAGGCUGGAAAACAGACACGUCUGCUGCCAGGACCUUUGAAGAGCUUCCAGAAAAUGCACAGAAAUACGCCUGCUACAUUGAAGAUCACUUGGGUGUGCCUGUAAAGUGGAUUGGUGUUGGGAAGUCGCGGGAAUCAAUGAUCCAGCUCUUUUAAGAGGCUGCUCGGCUUGCAUGUAGCACUGGCUGGAUUACGCUCUGGACUCGGGGACGGAAAGUUGCCUCAUAUGUUUCUUUUCCCACCUCACUUUAGUUUCUCCAUGGCAAGAACAUAAUUUUGUAUCACUCAGAUCAUCCUACAGCCCUCUGAAAUUGAAUAUUUGCCAUAUAUAAUGGCAUUCUUGUGGUAAAUCAAAAAGGGCUUUUCAACUAGUUAUUUUUUGUAAUCAUUUAACUGUUUCUCAUCAGCUUUACAUAAUUCUCCUCUGGUAUUUUGAGCUCUCUUAAGCUCAAUAUCUCCAUCUUGAGUCCAUAUGCUGUACAUGUGCUACUACACUGUAAAAAAAAUUCCGUAAAAUUUACGGUAAAAAACCGGCAGCUGUGG